AUGCAGUUCUCCAACAUUCUCAUUGCCGCAAUGGCUAUGCUCUCCACCUCUGCUUUGGCUUGCAAAUGCUACGUCAAUGGUAACCAGGACACUGCCAAAACCCAAUCUUGCUGCGGUCAGCUCGGUGGUAUCUUCGCCAACGGAAACGACUGCGCUGCCAGCUCAAUUUCUGAGCAUCUCUCCAACUUCCGCAGCUGUUGUGGCGGCCAGUCCGACUGCGAUUAUCCCCGCGUCGGUGAUGCCAAGGAGGCCGACCAUAUCAAGACUGUCGUUGCUAUCUAA